AUGACAUCCGUCAUCAUCUUCGGGCCGACUGGUCAAGUCGGAUCUGCUGCCGCACGAACAGCCGGAGACCUUGGAGCCAGAGUCUGGUUGGCAAUGCGAGAUACAUUAAAAGCCAUCCCUGGUCUCACCAAAAAAUCCGCUGGCAACUUUCAUCGGAUCCAAGCCGACCUUACCAAACCCCCGACCGUCAGCCAGGCCAUCAGGACCUCCGGAGCCAAACGCGCGUUCAUCUACCUCGUCCAUCAUGAAUAUAAACACCUCCACGACGCCAUUAUCGCAAUGAAAAACGAAGGCGUCGAAUUCAUCGUUUUCCUCAGCAGUUUCACAAUCUACACCAACCAAGCCCUCCGCACCAUCUCCCCAUCCGACCUCCUCCCAUUCGUCCACGCCCAAGUAGAAGCAAGCCUAGAAGAACUCCUCGGUCCAGAGAACUACGUCGCUGUGCGUCCCGGAUGUUUCGCCACAAAUCUAUUAUCAGCACGAGACGGCAUCCUCGCAAACGACGUCAAAUUGUACGGCGGAGAGUUCGAACAAGAUAACAUCAUCCCGAGCGACAUCGGCAACGUCAUAGGCAACAUCAUUGUUUCUGGUUCGAAAGACCAGAAAAUCGUAUAUCUUUAUGGUCCCGAGGUGCGCUCGAUACGAGAUAGCGUCGCAAGAAUCGGAGGCGUUCUCGGGAAAGAUUUGAAAAUAACGACUCUGAGUCCCGAGGAAGCGUAUCAGAAGUACGUUGAGCGCGGUAUGCCUCCGUCUUUUGCAGAGUACAUGGUGAAAACGCUGGGUACCAAGGGUCCGGACAAGGGCAAUGGUGAGCGGUUCCCCCACUAUGAGGAUGGAGUGAGGAAUGUGAAGGUUUAUACGGGCCGGCCACCGAUGAGGCUUGAGGACUGGGUGAGACAGAAUAAGGCGGUAUUUGGGGCAUGA